AUAAAAUAAAUAUUAUUUUUAAUUUUUAUAAUACAAUUAAAAUCUAAAAAUUAAUAUUAUUUUACUUUAAAAAAAAAAAUUGAAUCUAUUUGAUCAUUGAACAUAAAUUCAGAAAAUUAUUUGAUAAAAAAUUUAAAUUAAAUCUAUUUGACUCCUGGAAAUAAGUUCAACACAUAAAUUGACACUUUUUCCAAAUAUUAACAUAAUUUGUGAGAGAAAAAGAUAAACAUAUCAAUAUAAAACGCGGCGUUUUAGCCAACAGCGACGCGACGAUAAACUAUAUAAAGGAAAGCCGGACAGUUGGAAUGAGCAAGCAAGUAAAGUCAAACCCCAAGCAAGAGCGUUGAUUUAUCGAUUCAAUAGCAGCCGUACUUGUGCAUUGCUUUAGGCUGUUGAGAAGUUAGCAGAAUGUUGCAAUGGAUGGGAGGUUCGAGGAGGAAAGUGACAACUUCAAGGAAGUCCAUACAGAAGAGGCAAAAGCAGUACUUUGAACAAAGGAGACGGCAACAGCAUCAGCAGAUAGCUGGGUUGGAGGAGUGUUCUGAAGGAGGAGGAGGAGGAAACAAACGGAAACAAAGUCACAAACAGCACAAGUCGCUGGAUAUUCUCAAUUUGCUUAACUUUUCAACGAGUUCCCAUGACUGCAAGCCUGAUUUCCCCACUAGAAGGGAAGAACAGAAAAUCAAUGCUUCAACAGUCAAGUAUCACAUCGCUAUGGAUGCACCAGUAAUUCAAGCCAGCACAGUCAUUCCUGCAGAUCCCAUUGAAAUUAAUAGAGCAAGUUCCCUAUCAGAUUGCCAAGUAGAAAUUCUCUCCCCAAAGAAGACUCUACUUGAUUCUCUAGAUACUCACAGCAAUUCUCUUCAUGGAGUUGAUAAUAAACCUGAUCUUUGGAAUACAACAAGUCAACAGCAGGUAUCGUUUUUUGAUUUGCUUGGUGAUGAUGAAUCAAAUGGAUAUGUGGAAGCAGGUCCAACUUAUGAAGCUCAUGUUGCAUUCUCAGUUGAUGGUUUGGGUAAAGUGGAAGCAGAAACACCACCGCAGUCACCGCAACAACCUGACAGAUAUGUAUCCUAUGGUUGCUUCUCACCAUUGAAGGCUGCAAGGCAAUUAAACUCAUCAAGGAAUUGUGAUCAUGUGCUAAAUGACCUUGAACUUGAAGUGGAUGCAAUAAUGCAAGAUCUUGAAAUGCCCCUGAGUGGCAGUUCCUUGGAUUUUUCAACAGGGACCAACGAUUCAUAUGACAAGCUGGAGGCUAAUUUUCCUGCUGUCAGAGAUCACAUGCAACUUGAUGGUCACAAUAGUAAAAUAAGAAGCUCAUUAUCGUAUAGACAAGCAUUCUGUGACACUAGGAAUAAUUAUGAAGACUUAUGGGAUGAUAGGUUUAGUUUAUUGGCAGCCGAGUCUCUUGAUGAAAGGCAAUGUGAUAUUUCCUGGAAAAGCUGGUCGUGUCAUUUUGAUGGUGAUUCUUCUGAAUCUCUGAAACAUGGAAAGCCAAAUUAUGCCUUUGGAGGGCCCCAGCUGCUGAAGAAAAGGGAUGCUGCAAAAGCAACUACAGGAUUCAAUUUCUUAGAUUCAUCUCCGACAAAGCACCAAAAAUCAGAAAAUGAUUACGAUGUCACAACUUCCAAAGGGGCAAGGCAUCAUUUGGUGGCGACAAAUGGUAAUUUUGAAGAUGUAACUGGGCAUCCUGACUGGUCUUCCUUUGUUUUGGAAGAUCCACGAAAAAGUCCGAGUUUGUUGAGUGAAGAGUCGUGCUCAUCCACAGCAGUGAGGGGUGAGUCGACAAAUAAUCCUGUCAUUCCUGGCCUGGAAUAAGGAUGAUAAUUAGUUGUAACCUCAGAUUUUGCAAGAAAUCCAUGAACUUAAUGGCAUGAAGAUUUUUCAGAUCACCUUUAAUGCAGGUGCUUUGCACAUGAUUCUGUGUGAUUUA